AACACAAGGGUUGUGAAAUGAUAUUUAGUCCAAUUGAGAAUAUUAUAUUGUUGAAGCAGGUCUUUUUCAGUGUCCCAGUCACUAGAGUUGUGUCAUCGGCAGCACCAUGGAUACCUGCCCCACCGCUUACUUCUAGUCAACCAUUCCAUCCCCGUCGUCAUCUGCUGCUUACUUUUUGUUUUGGUCCAUCCAUCCAUCCAUCCCCGUCGUUAUCUGCAACUAGAGAGAGAUCUCCGGCAUCUUCAGAAGCUACAAUCACAUUUCUUUUCUCUCGAAUAUACUAAUGAUGAUGUCAGGGUAUAAUAUCAAGGAUCUGAUUCAAGAAGCACAGUUUCGUUGGUUAAGGCCAGGAGAGGUGCUUUUCAUACUUGAGAAUUAUGAGGAAACACAGCUUAAUCAUGAGCCACCUCAAAAACCACCCAGUGGUUCUCUGUUUCUUUUUAACAAGAGGGUUCUUCGUUUUUUUCGUAAAGAUGGUCAUAGUUGGCGCAAAAAGAAGGAUGGAAAAAAUGUUGGUGAAGCACAUGAGCGUCUAAAGGUUGGAAAUGUUGAAGCUUUAAACUGUUACUAUGCACACGGUGAGGAGAAUCCGAAUUUCCAGAGGCGUAGUUACUGGAUGUUAGAUACGGCAAUGGAGCAUAUUGUUCUUGUUCAUUACAGAGAUAUAACCAUAGGCAAGCAUAGUGCAGGGCCCAUUUCAAGUUUGACUUUGGGAUCUUCUAAUAUAAUUCAGAGUUCCCAUUCCUACACCACUCAGCUUAUAUCACCCUCUGCUAGUGAAUUUGAUGAACCUUACACCAGCCUGUCUGCGGGUCCUACUUCGAUAGAAGCUAGUCAAAGUGUUCUUACAACAUCACAUCGCCCGAAUCUAAUAGAAAGAAUUGAGGAAACUGAUCCUUCACCUGAUCUCCAAAUUAAUCAGGCUUUGAGAAGGCUCGAGGAGCAGUUAAGUUUGGAUGGCUUGAAAGAUGUUGGAAUAUGUUAUGACGACAAUGACGUAGGGCUAACAAUUAAUGAGCAAAGUUAUAGUGGAUCUGAGGGGUUGCACUAUGGUUCAGAUGAUUAUGUGUCUCUACAAUAUCCAGCUCUGGAUAAAGCUGAAGAUCAACUAAACACAUUGGACAACUGUACAACUGACCAUGCGAUACUGCAUCAGUACCAGCAACCACCCAUGGGUGAAUUUACUUUACCAAGUCAGCAAACUUUAAUUUGGAAGGACAUUCUAAAAUACGAUGAGAAUGCCGCAGAUGAUGGUUCACUAGAGAAUUACGUAUACCCAUCAGAUCAAAAUGAAGUGCUUUUACCUCAAUCACAAGGCGAUAUAAUGGAAGAUCAAGUGAAGCACCAUUCUGGAGAUACUGGUGCAAGUAAUGAUUCAUCCAUAUUUUUAUCUCAAGAACUUGAAGAUUCAACGUUUCCCGGUUACAUCCCUCCGAAAAAUAUGUUUCAAAGUGAUGCAGACUUGUACUCCACAUUGUUUGACCAAGGUCAAAUUGAAACACCGCUCACAUCAGAUUCAAGUUUAACCAUUGCACAAGUGCAGAAAUUUAGUAUUCGUGAAAUAUCCCCUGAGUGGGGCUAUGUGACCGAGCCAACAAAGGUACUCAUAAUUGGGGCAUUUACAUGUGAUUCAUCAAAUAAUGAAUGGAUUUGUAUGUUUGGCGACACUGAAGUCCCUGUUAAGAUUAUUCAAGAGGGAGUAAUCUCCUGUCAUGCGCCACCUCAUCCACCUGGAAAAGUUGCUAUGUGUAUUACAUCUGGCAAUCGAGAGGCUUGUAGUGAAGUCAGGGAGUUUGAGUAUCUUGAUAAACCAAGCAUGCAGGUGCGAACCAACUUCUCAGAAAACGAAUUAAAAAGGAGCCCGGAAGAAUUAUUAUUACUUGUCAGAUUUGUGCAAAUGCUGUUAUCUGACAAAAUUGGGCAAAACGGUAAAAGCACUGGAAUGGAGUCGGAUGUUCUAACAAGUUCAAUGGCUGGUGAAGAUUCAUGGGCUCAAAUCAUUGAGAGUUUAUUAAAUGGAAGUCUGGAAUCUUGGAAAACUAUAGAUUGGCUUCUAGAAGAAGUUUUAAAAGACAAAUUGCAAACGUGGGUUUGGUUAAAAAUGCAGGAGAAGGAGGAUCUUCCUGUUUUGUCGAAAAGAGAACAAGGGAUAAUACAUAUGAUUUCUGGAUUGGGCUUUGUUUGGGCCUUGGCACCUAUACUUAAAUCUGGAGUUGGUAUAAAUUUUCGUGAUGUCAAUGGCUGGACUGCUCUUCAUUGGGCUGCACGUUUUGGAAGGGAAAAAAUGAUAGCGGAGCUUCUAGCUUCGGGAGCAUAUGCUGGAGCAGUUACAGAUCCCAGUCAGCAAGAUCCAAGCGGAAAAACAGCAGCAUCUAUAGCUGCCACAUAUGGACACAAUGGUCUUGCAGGCUAUCUUGCUGAGGUGGCGUUAACCACCCAUCUUUCAUCCCUGACAUUGAAAGAAAGUGAACUAUCUAAAUGUUGUGCUGAUGUGGAAGCCGAAAGAACAGUAAACAGCAUCUCAAACCCUAAUUUUGUAAACACAGAUCGGUUGUCUUUCAAGGAGACCAUGGCUGCUGUUAGGAAUGCAGCUCAAGCUGCUUCACGUAUACAAGCUGCUUUCAGGGCACAUUCUUUUAGAAAAAGAAAACAACAACAGGAAGCUGCUGCUGCUGCUAGUGGAUAUGAUGAGUAUGGUAUAUGUGAAAGUGAUAUUGAGGGGCUUUCAGCAGCUUCCAAGGUUAUUUUUGGAAAUGCACGUGAUCAUAAUGCAGCUUUGUGUAUCCAGAAAAAGUAUAGAGGUUGGAAAGGGCGCAAGGAUUACCUUGCAUUUCGCAAGAAAGUAGUCAAGAUACAGGCUCAUGUAAGAGGUCAUCAGGCGAGGAAAAACUAUGAAAUAAUUUGUUGGGCGGUUGGUAUAGUGGAGAAAAUUGUGUUAAGAUGGCACAGGAAAGGAGUUGGCCUAAGAGGAUUCCAUUUGGAUUGUGUUGAUGAGAGUGAAAAUGAAGAAGAUAUUAUGAAGAUAUUUAGGAAGCAAAAGGUUGAUGUGGCUCUCAGUGAGGCUGUGUCAAGAGUGGUCUCUAUGGUGAACUCAUCACCGGCAAGACAACAAUACCGUCGCAUGCUGCAGAAAUAUCAGCAAGCCAAGGCGGAACGAGGUGGGUUGGAAAUGGAAAUGGAAAGUGGAAAGUGAAGGAGGCUCAAUAUCUCAAGACUUAUAAUAGGGAAAUUGUAUAAAGAAAUGGUUAAAUAGUAUUAGUUUAAAUGAUAAGUUAGGUUGGUGUGUUUUGUGUAUAUAAGCCUAAGGUGUUUGUUUUGUGUACUUUAUUAGUAAGUAAGCAGGAAGGAAGGAAGGUUUGCAUGGUUGUCUUUGAAUACCAUA